AUGUCCUUCUUCCGCGGUACCAACCCCUCCACAGGCUCGCUGUCGGCGCCGAGCAUGCAGGCGCGCAAGGAGGAGGUCAAGCAGCAGAUCCAGCAGGAGCUUGCUGUCGCUAGCGCCCAGCAGCUCGUCACCAAGAUGACGGAGAACUGCUUCGCCAAGUGCGUCACGCGCCCCGGCCCCUCCCUCGCGGGGUCCGAGGAGCGCUGCCUCUCCCAGUGCAUGCAGCUGUACAUGGCGGCAUUUGACAAGAUCUCGCAGACCUACGUCACGCGGAUCAGCAAGGAGGGCCGCAAGCAAUAG